UUCCCGUGGUUCAGUUUGACCUACAUUUCUGCACCAGGCCGUUAAAGUUCAGGAGUCAGUCUGACAGAAUGCAGUCACAAUUAUUCCAGAAUCCAGCGAUGGUUUCCAUCACUGUCAGAGCCCUGAAGAGAGAUUACAGCACACUCACACAAGCAGUGCUGAACCGUGCUCUCAGAACACGCUUUAACUGCAGUCUGUGUCUGCGACUGCGUGCUUGGAGUUCCUGCUAAAUAUAAACUCCCGUGUGUCCCUGUGCUCAGAUUCCCACAUGAACAGUGUAGUGUCUAAAGAUGGCACCCUGAACAGUUCUGCUUGUGUUGUUCCAGUGUAACUGGCCAUGAAGACGGAUCCAGACAGCAGCAGGGUCAGGCAGAGGUCAGAUCAGCUGAUCAGCAGCAGCACGAGGAAGACUACGUUUCCCAGAAGUCUUUGAGCAGCAGAGGCAGGACUCAGAGACUGAAGGUCAUGGAGUGUAAGGUCAGACUGCUGGACGGCUCAGACUACACCUGCACCGUGGAGAAACGAGCGAAAGGUCAGGUGCUGUUCAGUAAGGUUUGUGAUCACCUGAAUCUCCUGGAGGAGGACUAUUUCGGCAUCACGUACCGGGACGCUGAAAACCAGAAGAACUGGCUGGACGUUUCUAAAGAGAUGAAGAAGCAGAUCAGCACUGGUCCCUGGAACUUUGCUUUCAAUGUGAAGUUUUAUCCUCCCGAUCCAUCGCAGCUCUCUGAGGACAUCACCAGGUAUUUCCUGUGUCUGCAGCUGAGAGAUGACAUUGUUUCUGGACGCUUGCCGUGUUCUUUCUCGACUCUCACAGUGUUGGGCUCCUACACGGUUCAGUCGGAGCUGGGAGACUGUGACUCUGAGCUGCAGGGGUCCUCUCAUCUCAGUGACAUGCGUCUGGCCCAGAACCAGACUAAAGAGCUGGAGGAGAAAGUGCUGGAGCUCCACCGCGGAUACAAAGGAAUGAAUCCUGCUGAAGCUGACAUGUUGUUCCUGGAAAACGCAAAGAAACUUUCCAUGUAUGGAGUCGACCUUCAUUGUGCCAAGCUGCUCGGGAGGCUGUUUGAUUGUUUAGCAGCGGUGCAGGAGGAGGAUUCAGAGGGUGUGGAGAUCAUGCUAGGAGUUUGUUCCAGCGGCCUCCUCGUCUACAGAGAGAAACUACGCAUCAAUCGCUUCGCCUGGCCCAAAAUACUCAAGAUCUCCUACAAGAGGAACAACUUCUACAUCAAGGUUCGGCCGGGAGAGCUCAAACACUUCGAGAGCACCAUCGGAUUCAAGCUCCCCAAUCACAAAGCAGCAAAGAGACUCUGGAAAGUCUGUGUGGAGCAUCACACCUUCUUCAGGCUGGUUUCUCCUGAAGCUCCUCCCAAGCGCUUCCUGUCCUUGGGCUCAAAGUUCCGCUACAGCGGCCGAACACAAGCGCAGACGCGGCGAGCGAGCGCUCUGAUCACACGAGAAGCGCCGCAGUUCCAGCGAUCGGCCAGCAGGAGGCACACCGUCGCACCCAGCAUGAACAGCACGCCAGCGACGGUCACCCGUGACGACGAGAAGAACGACAAACCCGCUGUUGCUACGGAUGACCUCAUCGCCAUGGAAACGCCGGAGAAGAAAGCAGAGGAGAUGAACUCAGUGGAGGAGGAGAAUAAAGUCAACAGUGACGAAUCAGAGCAAGCCCCGCCCCCCUCCGUCACCAAGUCGUGUCCGUACUCAUCGGAUCCUUUGGGAUCCGAGCUCUCUCUCCCGUCUUCUCCCGUCUCGUCCACUAAAGUGCGCAGGAGACGCAGAGAAAGCAGCCGCAAGCGCGCUUCCUCCGUCAGUCCGGCCAAAACCACAGCGGGCUGCCGGCGCCGUCAGGCCCAAGCGGAUCGUAAAGCGGCUCUUCUGGAGGAACGAGCGCUGCUUCUGUCCGCACGCAAGCAGAGACUGGACCAGAGCCGCAGCCGAGGAGGAACGCUCUUCUCCUUCUCUCUGCACCUCCCCGAUCUGCCCUCGCUGCUGGACGACGACGGUUAUCUGAGCUUCCCUGACCUCACCGAGCUGCGCUUCCUGCCCGAGAGCCUGCAUCACUUCAUGCCCAUCAAGUCUCCCUCGCUCAUCCCCUGCUUCCUCUUCAUCUUCUUCUUCCUGCUGUCCACCUCGUUCUCCGUGCCGUACGCGCUCACGCUCUCCUUCCCGCUGGCGCUGUGUCUCUGCUAUCUGGAGCCCAGGGCCGCGUCGCUCGGAUCGUCUCUGACGCAGGGCUUCCAGGACAGCUCAGACGACGACGACGAGUAUAGUUUCAUUAAACGGAUUAAAGGAGAGAAUGUGUUUGUCAAGCACAGUAAUCUCAUGUUGGAGGAGACGGACACGCCCACAGCUGUAGUGCAGCAUCAUCUGAGCGUCACUGAGAUGAAGAGGUUGUUUCUGCAGAUGCGCUGUGAAGCGUCGGGUGUGAACGAGUGGGACAGAAGACUGUCCUCGUCUCCUCGACCGGACGACCCGUCUCUGGUCAAACCUGUACACUCACAGGAAAUGUCAGAGGAGGAUAAAGCCGAAUCUGAAGAUGUUCCAGUGCAGAAGGAUCACGCUGCUGAUGGUGUGGAGAGUUCAGUUGCUCCACAGGUGGAGGUGCGCUGUGAGACGGAGCUGGAGAGACCAUUAGUGUCCUCUACUGCCGAAAAAGAGAAGUAUAUGAAGGCCCUGAAUGAGGCCAUCGCGAUGGGGAGACGCUCCACAUGGGCUUCCAUUGGAGAAGAAUCCAAUCAACAAAACUCUGCUGGAACCCAAGAAGAGAUGUGCCAUGAAGAAGAUGAAGACAUGCUCCAAAUCUGGGAUCAGGAACACCAAAAUAUUGAGGUUGAAGAUGAAAUCAAGGAAACUUCUGUGGAAAGUCCAACUGAAGGAGAAGAAACCAACUCAGAAACCCAAGAGAUUCCUGCCGGAAACCAAGAUGAUGAAGACCUGCUUCAAAUCCGGGAUCAGAAACGCCAAAUUAUUGAAGUUAAAGAUGAAAUCAAGGAAACUGCUUUUGAAGAACCCAGUUCAAAAACCCAAGAGAUUACUACUGGAACCCAAGUUAUGUGCCAUGAAGAAGAUGACAAUGAUGAAGAUAUGCUCCAAAUAUUGGAUCAGAAACACCAAAGUAUUAAGUUUGAAGAUGUAAAAAAGAAAUCUGCUUUGGAAAUGUCAUCUGAAGGAGAAGAAACCAACUUAGAAACCCAAGACACUCUUGCUGGAACCCAAGAAGUGAUAUGCCAUGAAGAAGAUAAAGACCUGCUCCAAAUCUGGGAUCAGAAGCACCAAAAUAUUGAGGCUGAAGAUAAAAACAAGGAGCCUGCAAUGGAAGAAACCACCUAUGAAUCCCAAGAGUUUCAUACUGGGAAUCAAGAAGUGAUGUGCCAUGAAGAAGAUGAAGACAUGCUCCAAGUCUUUUAUCAGAAACACCAAAGUAUUAAGUCUGAAGAUGAAAAAAAGGAGCCUGCAAUGGAAAUGUCAUCUGAAGGAGAAGAAACCAACUUAGAAACCCAAGAGACUCCUUCUGGAAUCAAAGAUGAAGACCUGCUCCAAAUCUGGGAUCAGAAGCACCAAAGUGUUGAGGUUGAAGAUGAAACUGCAAUGGAUGAAAUCACCUCGGAAGCUCAAGAGAUUCCUGCUGGAACCCAAGAAGAGAUGUGCAAUGAAGAAGAUGAAGACCUGCUCCAAAUCUGGGAUCAGAAACACCAAAAUAUUCAGGUUGAAGAUGAAAUCAAGGAAACCGCUUUGGAAGAACCCAGCUCAGAAACCCAAGAGAUUCCUACUGGAACUCAAGAAGAGAUGUGCCUUGAAGAUACGCUCCAAAUAUUGGAUCAGAAACACCAAAUGAUUGAGGUUGGGUAUGAAAACAAGGAACCUGUAUUGAAAACACCGUCUGAAAGAGAAGAAACCAUCUUAGAAACUCAAGUGAUUCCUGCUGGAAACCAGAAAGUGGUGUGCCAUGGAGAACAUGCCAUGAAUGAAGACAUGCUCCACAUCUGUGAUCAGAAAGAUCAAAUCAGUGCGUUUGAAGAUAAGAACAAGGAACAUGUGAUUUCAGACUCGUUUGAACUCUCUCAGCUCUUCAAUGAAGAGGAACCUGAGGAUGAAUCCAUCAGCGCCGGUGCUUACGGAGAAUUUCCACUUUACAUGAAGUCUGUAUCAUCAACUCUACAUAACCAGAUGGAAGACCAACCUCAAGAGAUGAUGAUCCACGCUAAAGAUGAAGAAGCUUCCUCAUGCUUUCAUUCGAGCGAGCAGCCAAGGUCUCAAACAUCAGACCUUAUGGAAACAAAAGUGCAUCUGGAUCCUGGACCAAACCAGGAGAAGGAAGUUGCACAGGAAGUGCAUGAGCAUAAGGCUUCUACAGUACCUCAGAUAGAGGUAGCCAAUCCCAGAGUGCACUGGGGUCACCGUGUGACAUCAGCACUGACUAAUAAUGGAAACUCUCUCUCUCUUCUUCACGAUUGGAAGCGUUAGUCACUGAUUAUUGACCCGUCUGAGCGCUGCAUGAUCACACACCCUAAUCAUCACAUCUGCAUGUCUGGAUGCAUUUAUUCAUGAGCAGCUGGACCAUUCCAUUUGUCUUUUUCCUGUUGAAAUAUGUCAGGUUAGAUAAGUAUAAUGGGUUUCUUGUUGAAAUAUGAGGAGUUUAGUGUUUGCUGAAAGCAUCCCUCAUGGUUUAAAACGAGUGGUUGUCAUGAAUGUGAUGAUCUGAGCUCUAGGUGUAUGUUAUUCGAAAGAGUUUUCCAGUGA